UAACCCGUUGAGAAAGUUGAAUUGCUGGGGUCUUCCAUUUCCCCCCACUUGCAGAGGAAGCAACAGUAUUGUUUCUUCGUCCACUUGACUUCUCCUCCGCCACCGAACCUUACCGAGUUCCAUGGCCGAAGGCCGAAGCCCUUCUUUAAUACUUUUUCCUCAUUCCCAACGUUGUUCGCAGGUCGACAUUAAAGAAGAGAGAGACAAAGAGAUAGUCGUCUGCCUCGAUGAACCUUCUCCACCUCCUGCUGCUGAUUCUGGUCCUUGCCGAAAAUGCAGUUUCAGCCUCUGACAGAUUCAUUUUCAAUGGCUUCCAGCUAAAGGAACUCACCAUGGAUGGAUCUGCAACUGUUACCUCCGAGGGCUCACUGUGCCUAAACGUCGACACCAACAGUUCGAUGCCAAGUCAUGCCUUCUACCCUUCACGGUUCCAAGUCAGAAACGAAUCGUUUUCUUCUGCUUCUGCUGCUGAUGACGAUGCUAGUGGCGAGGUUCUUUCGUUCAGCACCCUUUUUGCCUUCGUCAUCAAUUCGACGGGCUCAACAGCAGGGGACGGGGGAUUCGCCUUCGCCCUCUCUCCUACCCCCGCCAUACUCGGCAGCACGGAUUACCUUGGCCUCUUCAACAGCUCGAACGUCGACAUUAGUUCCACCAACCACAUCUUUGCCGUUCAUUUUGGAGCAGCGGCUGUAAAUUCAUCCUCCGUUGCCACCGCCGGAAACCUCGUCCGAAUCCACAUAAACAGCUCGUCUUUCCUUUCGUCUACUUCUCCUGGUUCUUACUUUGCUGUCGCUUGGAUAGACUACCGAAGCGAUCUCCAGCAACUGAACGUCAGCGUAUCCCCCCUUGCAUAUCAUAACAAACCCGAGAAACCCCUUCUCUCUACCACCUUGAAUCUCUCCUCUGUAUUCAAGGAUUUCAUGUACGUCGGUUUCUCUUCUGGAGGGGCCGGAAACGCUUAUGGUCGCCAAUGCAUCCUUGGCUGGAGCUUCAGGAUCAAUGGAGAAGCCCAAUCCCUUGAAAUAUUCCAACGCCAGCGGUCAUCGAAGCGGCAUAUAAAAAUCAUGGCCUGCUCCAUCGCCACUGCAGCAGUCCUAGUGUCCGUGGUGUCCGCUGCCUGUUACAUGUUUUGCAAGAGGAGGAAGAAGAACGAAUCAAACGAAAUGGAAGGUUGGGAAUUGGAGCAACCGCGGAACUUCCCUUACAAGCUACUCUCUAAAGCCACCCAUAGAUUCAGCAAGUCGGAGCUGCUGGGCAAAGGUGGUUUCGGCAAGGUGUACAAAGGCGUUCUGCCGGGAACUUCCAUGGAGAUUGCAGUGAAGAGAGUUUCCGACGACGGAAAGCAGGGGCUGAGGGAGUUCAUGGCGGAGGUGUCGAGCUUGGGGAGAUUGAGACACAGGAACCUUGUCCAGUUGCAGGGGUGGUGCAGGAGAAAAGACGAGCUGCUUCUCGUGUAUGAUUACAUGCCCAACGGGAGUCUCGAUAGCUUCCUGUUCAAUGAUCGCAAGGCCAAGGACUUGGGGUGGGAAGAGAGGUUCAAGAUCCUCAAGGGGAUCGCCAAUGGGCUGCUGUAUCUUCACGAGGGGUGGGAGCAGGUGGUGGUGCACAGGGACGUCAAGGCCAGCAACGUCCUUCUGGACGCUGAGAUGAACGGCAGGUUGGGUGAUUUCGGGCUUGCGAGGUUCUACGAGCACGGCGACAACCCGCAGACGACGCGCGUGGUCGGCACGCUCGGCUACAUCGCUCCGGAGAUGUCCCGGUCGGGGAAGGCAACGGCCAGCGCCGAUGUGUACUCUUACGGCGCGCUGCUUCUGGAGGUGGCCUCAGGGAAGAAGCCCUACGAGAUGCUGGCGGCAGAUCGGGAAGGAGAGAUGUUGCUGGUAGAGUGGGUGCUCAAGAAUUGGCAGAGAGGCCAGAUCUUGAGCGCCAUGGACGCGAGGCUCGAGGGCGGCUUUGUGAGGGAAGAAGCCGAGUUGGUGCUCAAGCUCGGAGUGUUGUGCUCACAGGCGGUGGCUGAAAGGAGACCCACCAUGCGUCAAGUGGUUCAGUACCUUGAUGGGGAUGCGUCCCUCCCCAAGGAGGUGAGCCUGACCACCAUGGCCUUGCAAGAUUAUCUUGGAUUCGAUCAGCUCGAGCUGUCUUACCCUGAAUCGGGAAUACGGUCCUACGAUUCGAAUACUUCCGAGUGUGUGGUGCCAAUGUAUGAGAUCUGAUGGGGAUCGAUCAUCGCAUUAAUUUGCCUGAUAACAUGGUCCAGGUUACAUUGCUGCAUGCCGUAUUAUGGUAUAUAGUUUUUUGUUCUUCUUCUUUUUUUUAUGCAUACUGGAUUGGAGGUAGAAGGCAGACUCACUUCUGUUAGUUUGAGUAUGUGGAUUUCGCUUCUUUCAAGUUGACACUUGGCUGGAGGCUUAUUGCUCGGUUUCGUAGCUGUGUAGCGCUGCGGCCUUGCUGGAGGGUUGGAUGUAAAGGAAUGGCACAAGAUGGAAGGACUGAUACAUAGCUUGUGACUACAGGUUGUGAUCU